GAAUUAGUGAAAAGCGGCACAAAAGGCCUUUUUGCCCACGUUCCUUGUUUUAGAAGCUGCAGCGCAGUAAGAGAAUGAUGAGGUCCACCAUCUGCUUAUUGCUGCUUACACUAUGUUGGCGAACAUCUGCAGGUCCGUUAUUCCGCAGCCCCUGUGAGCUGCUUCCUGUGGGGUUGGGACAUCCAGUGCAGGCCAUGCUGAAGAGCUUCACUGCCAUGUCAGGCUGUUCCAGCAGGGGGACGACCAGCCUCCCCCACGAAGUCCACGUCAUUAACCUCAGAGGCCGUGCAGCUGAGAGACUGUUGAAUACCCCAGUCGAAGUUGACCUGCAUCUGAAGCCCAUCCAGUCUUUGCUGCACCACCAUAAGCCCUUGGUCUUCAUACUGAAUUCCCCCCAACCACUGAUCUGGAAGAUCAAGACUGAGAAGUUGGCCCCGGGCAUCAAACAUACCUUUCAUGUAUCCGAAGGCUCGGAAGUUCACUUUGAGCCAGGAAACUUCUCUUCUGCCUGCCACAUCCAAAGGGAAAGUCUUCCCCACGGCAAUGAGCACCUCCUCAACUGGGCUCAGAGGAAGUACAGGGCAGUCACCUCCUUCUCUGAGCUCAGCAUGACUCAAGACAUCUACAUCAAAGUUGGAGAAGAUCCAGUGUUUUCUGCCACCUGCAAGAUUGAUACCAAGUUUCUGUCUCUGAACUACCUGGGAGGCUAUGUUGAGCCACAGCCAUCAAAGGGCUGUGUCCUCUCUGGACCCGACAAAGACCAAGAAGUCCAUAUCAUUGAGCUUCAAGCCCCAAACUCCAACAGUGCUUUCCAGGUCGAUGUCAUCGUGGAUCUCCAGCCACUGGAGGAUGAUGUGCUAUUGCAUCGGGAUGUCAUCUUGCUACUCAAGUGCGCCAGGCCUGUGAACUGGGUCAUCAAGGGUCACGGUGUGAUGGGCAAGCUGGACGUAGUGGCCUCCGAUACGGUGAGCAUUAGUUCAAACAUGGAGAGACUUAUGCGUGUGUCAAAAUUCCCCAAGCAGCACUUGCCUUCGGGAUCUCAAUCCCUGAUCAAAUGGGCAGAGGAACAUAGCUUCAGUCCAGUGACCUCAUACACCAACACUCCUGUGGCAAACCUCUUCAAUCUACGCCUGAGAGAACCAGAUGUGGCAGACCCACCGGACAGCAUGUUGCCUCCAGAGCUCUCCAUCCUGCGUGAUUCCAUUCCACAUCCUGGAGCAGGAUCUGCUUCACGGCACUCCAUUCUGCCCUUCCCCUUCCCCCCACCGGUGUCUCACGAGCUGCCACACCUGUCUCCCUUCAGUGAAGGACUGUGGGAGGGUGGGGAGCUGGAGGAGCAGCAGGGAGUUCUGAGUGUUGGCCUGACUGUGCAGUGUGAGGACACAAGGAUGGUGGUCAGUAUUGAUAAAGACAGCCUGAAAGCAAAUGGGUUUGCUCAUGCCAACGUCACUCUCCAAGACCCAGAAUGCAAAGCAACAGUUAAUGACACUCACUACACACUUGAAACUCCUCUGACUGGCUGCCAGACUACAGUGUUUCCCAUGCAGCCCAGUUCAGUGGUCCUGUACAUCAACACUGUCCUGAUAAGUCAUGCAGAGACUAAGGAUGGGAGUGGUGGGCUACUGGAUCUUGAAUCUGAAGCCGCACCAUUCCCAAGGGUCCCAGUGGAGACUGGAAAGACAUUUGUGGAGCCCACAGUGCACCAAUCAUCCAUUAUGUUCAACUGCACAUAUGGAAAGAGCCAGGAAACCCCACAUUCAGUUCCUAGGAUUGUAUCAGAAUCAGCAGGGGAACCAGGCAACAAUAUGACCUUCACUAUGGAGUUGUACAAUACACUCCUGUUCCACAACCCUGGCCCCCAGGCAUUCCAUGUAGUCUCAGAAAAUCAGCAAGUCUUUGUGGAGGUUACAUCAACAACAUCUGAUCCGGAGUUAGGGUUCAUUAUCAUAUCCUGCUUUGUUUCUCCUGACUCAAACCCCAGUGUGGUCUCAGACUACAUUCUCAUUGAGACAGUUUGUCCCAAAGAUGACUCUGUAACGUUCUAUCCUCUGAGGGAGUUCCCUAUCCGUCAUGCUGCAAUGGAAAAGAAAAGAUUCAGCUUUACCUUCAACUCACAUUUGAACAUGUCUUUAAUUUUCCUGCACUGUGAAAUGUCACCAUGCUCCAGAAGCUCACAGAACUCCCAGCAGCUACCACUGUGCAUACAGCCCAGUGAGAGGUGCGAUUCUCUGUCUGCGGCUGAUAUUGUAACGAUGAUGAUGAACACCAAGACGUCUACCAAGCCUCUGGUUGUGGUGGCCGGUGACGGCAAUACCAGGAAAACAGGAGAUGCACUACUCCACAUACAGUACCGCAAGGACCGCAGGAUCCCUCCAAUGAAAGUAAGUUAUUUUACAAAACACAUCUAUGGAUACUUUUAUGUGGUAUAUGUGCUUGACACGCCGACAGUAGUGGGCAUCGCCUUUGCGGCCUUCGUGAUUGGUGCACUUUUGACUGGUGCACUGUGGUUUAUCUACUCACACACAGGUGGGACAGCUGGUCCUAUGCAGGCCCAGAAGCCUCAGCCCGCCUCGGAGAACAGCAGCGCGGCGCACAGCAUGGGCAGCACGCAAAGCACGCCCUGCUCCAGCAGCAGCACGGCGUAGCCCAGGCUGCCGGGCAGUGCACACCACUGCAGUGCCACAGCACGGCCUGCACGCUGCACAUGGACCGGAGUGCUGGCAUACACUUCCUUCAGUGAAAGGACUUAUUAUGGGGAUGGUAGGAAGGAAAGACUUUUCAUUAAAAAAAAAAAGACACAUGCACCAAAACACAUGAAGCGCUCAUGUAAAUUCUUUGUACCACUAUAACGGCAUCAAUCUGAGGCUGUGCCAGUUUGGGCGGUUAACGUUAUAUCACACCUCUCUGGGUGUGCCUGCUCUCUGGGUUGGUAAGGUUAGACCUUAUUCCCGUGAAGCGCCCGGAGGCAGCUUUGUUGUGAUUUGGCGCUAUAUAAAUAACAUAAAUUGAAUUUAAUUGAUAGCUAACGAAAUCUGCAACAUGUGACUUUAUGGCAGGAAUUUCACCCUAAUCCGGAUGCUGCUUUUUUUAGAACCAUAAAACAGCAUUUAAGGUUUGGCUGUAAGUAGUAAGCAGGUGGACACCAGUGGUAAAGAACUGCUGCAGCCAGGUUGGUUUUAAUGAAUGUGUUGGCAUUGCAGCGUGCAGCCUGAAGGGGGCAGUUCAACCACCAUUAGCCAUCUGGACAGCAGCAUAGUGUGAACGUUAGUUUGACAGGAUGAUUUUGAAAGGUGCUCACCUGGGUCGGUGUUGAAUGUAGACGUAUAAUAAGAUUAAACGCCAGUAAAUGUGAAAGUUAAAAUGUGAAGGGCAGAUUCUGACAAAUAUGUCAUUUCAUAAUAUGCACAACUCAUUUAUUGCCUGCAUAAUGGAUUUAAAGGUAAACGUUAGUUGUUUUAGUAAUGUAAGCAGUCAUGUAAGUCUGAGUUUUAUUCAUGUUACACAGUUUAACAGACAGUCUACAGCUUUCUUCCAACUAAUUCACAAUUUAGCUUUUAAAGCGGAGAAGGUGCAAAUUGCUUUUUUUUUCUUAUCCAAGUGACAUUACAGCGACUCUGACUUUUUCAGGACGACAUUUGUUACAGACUGAAAUCACAGAAUAGAGCCCACACAUACAGAGUUGACAGUAGAUUGAAGAGUUGGAACAAGAACAGCUGCUGGAGCUCACACCGUUUCUUCUUUGCUCACAGUUUGGCAGAUCUAGAUCUUAAUCCAGAUCCUGUGUCCUUGGUAGAAACCAGAUUAUUGAGGCAGGUUGAUUGAAAGCAGCACAGGCCUGCCAUCUACAUACGUCAGGUAAUCUUGAGACUACCACUGGUAGAGAUAAAUUCCCGGUUUAAUUCCCAAAUGUAAACUGCCUCCUAAAAAGGUGUUUCAUCAAAGUCUUUGUUGUUAUUUUAAAAAUGUAUCAAACCUCCCUAACAGUUCUACGUGAAAAUAAGACGGCCUUUUAUGGAUGUUUUUUUUAGAAGGGCACUGGCACAAAAGAAGGGGCCGGCACUGCACUCUGGUUGUGAUGCAGGUCUGUAAUUUUUUCCAAAACAUUUGCUUCUUGGAAAGUAAAAGGAUGAAAUUAUGUCGAGAUAAACACAGAAAAUAACUUCAGAUUUGCUGCAUCAUAUGAGAGAAUUAUU